GUACUACUGCUCUGCAUUUUUCGCUCAACCAACCAACCACCCACCACCACCCUCCUCCUCUCCUCAUCAUCACUCGCUCGCUCGCUCGGUUGGGGCAACUGGCGGUGCGUGCCGGCCAUGGUGUCGCUUGCGGGCUCCCAGAUCCCGUCGCCCGGGCAGAGCCCGUGCGCAGCUUCGGCGGCGGCCCGGUCGCAGCGCCGGGCGGGGCACUCCAUGCGGACCAUCCGGUCGGCGCUGCUGCAGCCGGACUCCUGCCCGGGGUCGCCGCACGCGAUGGUGGAUGCGGCGGACUCGGACAUGGAGAACCUGACGGACUCCGUGAUUGACUUCCAUCUCCGGGAGCUGGCGGCCACCGCGGGGCCCGCGCACCCCGCGGCGGUGGCCAAGUCGUCGUCCGCCAACGCCGCGGCCACGGAGAUGCUCGAGCUCUCGCGGGACUUCAGUGACUACUCCAGCUUCAACUCGGACAUUUCCGGGGAGCUCGAGCGGCUGGCGGCGGCGGCGGCGACCCCCAGAUCCGACGCGCCUGAGGUGGGCGCCGUGGAUCUGAAUGAGCUGGAGUCGAUGGAUCUGUCCGUUGAGGCGGCGCCGCUGGAGCGGGUGGAGCCAUUCGUGCUGGCGUGCGUGCAGGCGCUGGGGCCGGACGCCGCACCCGACGCGCGGCGCACGGCGGCGGCGAGGAUAAGGCUGCUGGCGAAGCACCGGUCGGACAUCCGCGAGCUGAUCGGCGUGUCCGGUGCCAUUCCGGCGCUGGUGCCGCUGCUUCGGAGCACCGACCCGGUGGCGCAGGAGAGCGCGGUGACGGCGCUGCUAAACCUCUCGCUCGAGGAGCGGAACCGGUCGGCCAUCACUGCAGCGGGGGCCAUCAAGCCGCUCGUGUACGCGCUGCGGACGGGCACCGCGCCGGCCAAGCAGAACGCCGCGUGCGCGCUUCUCAGCCUCUCAGGCAUCGAGGAGAACCGCGCCACCAUCGGCGCGUGCGGCGCCAUCCCUCCGCUCGUUGCGCUGCUCUCCGCGGGCUCUACCCGCGGCAAGAAGGAUGCGCUCACCACUCUCUACCGGCUUUGCUCGGCGCGCCGGAACAAGGAGCGCGCGGUGAGCGCCGGCGCCGUCGUGCCGCUCGUCCACCUCAUCGGCGAGCGGGGCAGCGGGACGUCGGAGAAGGCAAUGGUGGUCCUCGCAAGCCUCGCGGGCAUCGUUGAGGGCCGUGACGCCGUGGUGGAGGCUGGCGGGAUACCCGCGCUCGUUGAGACCAUCGAGGACGGCCCUGUGAGGGAAAGGGAGUUCGCCGUGGUGGCGCUGCUGCAGCUCUGCACCGAGUGCCCCCGCAACCGUGCGCUUCUUGUCCGGGAGGGCGCCAUCCCACCGCUUGUUGCGCUCUCACAGUCCGGUUCUGCCCGUGCCAAGCACAAGGCUGAAACUUUGCUUGGGUACCUCCGCGAGCAGCGGCAAGGAGGUGGUGGCUGCAGAUCAGUUGAACCGGUGGCAGCUUCAAGCUUGGCUAGGUAAUGCUGUACUCAUGUGGUCGCAGUAUGCUCCGCUCUUAUUUAACCUCGUCUGCCCUGUUCUUGGCUGGUGUAUCAAGAAUGGAGUAGCUGUGUUAGGAGGGGGUAGCGAUGAUCAUCUGUAAAUAACGGUUGAUGGCUUUGGUUUGGUUAUGUGAAUACAAAUGUGGUUUGUGAGUGACAGAUGGUUAGUUGGUAACUAACAUCAGUUGAGAGGAGGAUCCAGCCAUCCAGGGGAUGGGGGCAGAGGUUUUGGAUUGAUGGUAACUGGUAAGGUGACGUUGAAUUCUAGCUGUGUACAGGAUGCUAGGGUGGUAUGUUUGCUUGGCUUGGAAAGGUUAUAGGAGAAUGAUGGAUCAUCAGCCAUGUCUUUUUUCCUUCUGGUUUGGAGUCCAAAUUCCCCUGUUCC